UGGCUGUACGUAUGAUGGAGGUUCAGUCAAGCACAAGCAGCCAUUGGAACUAGAUAAGCUGUUUGUUGACAUUAUUUAGUUUUUUUUUUCCUUUGGAGGGCCUUUAUUUGUGGUAAAGUGUCCUAUUUGUCAUAUUUUUUUAGAAUUUAUCUUUAGUGGUUCGAUAUGGAGAUGAAGAAGAGAAUCAGUUUGGAAUUAAGAAACAGGAAUCCUUCAGAGGUGUCAGAUUUAGUGGUUGAUAACUGUCGUUCUAGUGAUGGAGAGGUUGAAGGUCUCACAGAGGAUUUUAAAGAUUUACAGUUCCUUAGCAUGAUAAAUAUAGGCCUAACUUCAUUGGCAAAGCUGCCCACUUUCAGUAAACUUAGAAAGUUGGAGCUGAGUGACAAUAACAUUUCAGGAGGAUUGGAGACUCUAGCCGAAAAGUGUCCUAACUUGACUGAAUUGAAUCUAAGUGGAAACAAGAUCAAGGAUUUGAGUACAGUGGAAGCUUUGAAAAAUCUUAACAACCUCAAGAGCCUGGACCUUUUCAAUUGUGAGAUUGCAAACCUUGCAGAUUACAGAGAAGUUAUCUUUAAAUUGCUGCCUCAAAUUAUAUACUUGGAUGGUUUCGACCAAGAAGAUAAUGAAGCACCAGAUUCUGAAGCAGAAGCUGAUUGCAAUGAAGAUGGUAGUGCUGGCCCUACUGGAGAUUAUGAAGAAGAUGAAGAGGAGGAAGAGGAUGUUUCUGAUGGUGAAGAAGAAAUUGGUCUCUCUUACCUCAUGAAAUCAGAAAUACUUCAGGAUGAAGAAGAUGAUGAAGACUAUGUUGAAGAGGACGAGGAAGAUGAUGAGGAUGUAGAUGAAGAUGAUGACAUAGUUCAUGGAGAAAAGAGGAAACGAGAUCCAGAAGAUGAUGGAGAUGAAGAUGAUUAACUCUUACAGAUUAAUCAGUAGAAAAGUGUACAAUGUUCCUCAUUCCCCAUAUACAGGAAUUAUAGAACAACUCAUUUUUUCAACUUUUUCAUAUAUAUGACUGUUUUUGUGUUGGUACAUAUUUGCAGACAAACACUGCAUAAUCUUUUCUAUUAAUGGCUAGUUUAAAAUCAUUCCAAGUCAAUCUUGUUUUCCUGUUUAAGUUAUUUUAUAAUAACUUUGUGGAUUGUGUUUUAUUGAGAAAAAAGGCAGGCGUUGUCUUGGUUGUCCAAAAUAUCCACAUAUCUCAUCUCAUCCUUCACCACUAAGCAGCUAUAAAUUUCUACUUAACUGGUAAAAGAAAAAAAGUGUUUUAAGUUUCAAUGUGUCAUGUUUGUUUUCAUCCCUCCCCCACCCCACGAAGCCAUCCCAGCCUGUGGCCCUCUGUUUAUUAAAGAUCAUUCACUUAUUUAUGUUUGAGGUAAUCAGGCUACAGUGUUCUUGUUUGGAUUUUAUUUGUGAUCAUAUCAUUGUCAACCAGUGUGUUUCCUUCUACCAUAUAGUUACUAUAGCCAGAAUGUGCUUUUAUUUCAUUUUUGGAUGAGAUGGGCAGAGUAGUUGACCCUUUUUUAAUGGGAAGUGUUUAAAAUAAAUUGCAGUUAAUAGGAUUUUUAAAAAGAAAUGAAACAUGUAUAGUUCAUUGUUUGUAUUGCAGUAUGUAUGUAUAUAGUUUUGCUUUCAGUAUUUUUUGAAAAAUUUGGAGCUUUUGGUUUUGUUAUUCUUUAGAAGUUUUUAAUAAAAACAUAGGUCAGAAGAUUGUUAAUGUUUGCCACUUGAUUUAAUUUUUAUUUAGUGAUUAUAUGUGUGUUUCUUACAAUUUGUGAUUUAUAUUUCUUGAAAGCUUCUAAGAAAAGUUUAAAUAAAUGUUGGGGCUUUAAUAAAUAUUGUGUUUGGGG